AUGCCCGGAGGUCUCCAGCAAGACGGUGACGGCAACGUCACGGCGCUCGACUGCAGCGGCCGUGGCCUCACCGAGCUCCCUCCGUUCCUCGCCGACGGCCGGCUCGAUCGCUUGCAGAUGCUCCGCCUCUCCGGCAACGCCCUGCGGUCGCUUCCACCGCCUGUCUUUGAGACGGGCUCGCUCACCGAGCUGGCGGCCGGCUCCAACCACAUCGCCGCGCUGCCCGAGGAGAUCGGCCUCUGCAACCGGCUUGCGAUCCUCGGUCUCAGCGGAAACACGCUCGCGGCUUUGCCGCCGUCGAUCGGCCAGUGCAGCGCGCUGCGCACGCUGAGGCUAUCGGACAACCGGCUCACGGCGCUUCCCGAUAGCCUCGGCGGCUGCGCCUCACUCACAGAGCUCUACGUCUCGCGGAACGACUUGCGAGCGCUGCCCGCAGCGGUCGGCCGCUGCCCUCUGGUCACGGUCGCCGCCACCAACAACGCGCUGACGGGCCUG